AUGUGGCUCACUUUCCUGCUGGCUGCUUUUGCAGGAGUCUUACAUUGGUGUCAUAUAACAACUCUUUUUGAAAAUGACCGUCACUUUUCUCACCUGUCAACACUAGAAAGAGAAAUGGCUUUUCGCACAGAAAUGGGUCUUUAUUAUUCCUACUUCAAGAUCAUUAUUGAGGCACCAUCAUUUUGUAAUGGAGUAUGGGCAAUUAUGAAUGACAGAAUAACUGAAUAUCCUUUAGUGAUUAACACCUUACAAAGGUUCAAUCUCUACCCUGAGGUGGUCCUUGCCAGCUGGUACCGCAUAUAUACCACCGUGAUGGAUUUCUUUGGUGUACCAACAAAGACGUGUUGGACCGUAAACAGGGGAAAGGGGCUUAGUCCUGUUGAAAGCUGCGAGGGAUUGGGAGACCCCGCUUCCUUUUAUGUUGCUGUCAUUUUUCUUUUGAAUGGAUUAAUGAUGUCACUGUUCUUCAUAUACGGUACAUACCUCAGUGGGAGCCGUCUAGGAGGUCUUGUUACUGUGAUGUGUUUCUUUUUCAACCAUGGAGAGUGCACUCGUGUCAUGUGGACUCCGCCACUUCGUGAAAGUUUUUCAUACCCGUUCCUUGUUUUUCAGAUGUUGCUUUUGACCUAUAUUCUCAGGAUUCCGAAUAUUAAUACAGGAAGCUUGAUUGCACUGUGUAUUUCUAAUAUUUUUUUCAUGCUUCCCUGGCAGUUUGCUCAGUUUGUUCUUCUAACUCAGAUAGCUUCAUUAUUUGCUGUGUGCAUUAUGGGUUAUAUUGAUUCCUGCAAAUUACAGAAGAUACUCGUGGUUCAUAUGGUAUCUCUUUUAGUAUGUUUUAUUCUCAUGUUUGGUAAUUCAAUGUUAUUGACAUCGUAUUAUGCUGCAUCUUUAUUAGUUAUUUGGGGAAUUCUUGAAUUGAGGCCGAAAGUCUUGAGAAGUGGCAGAAGAGUAGUCCAUAUAUGGGUCAUUGAAGGAUUUGCCUGGUUAUUUGGGACAAUUACCUUGAAGUACCUAACUUCUUUAGCACUUGGAAUAGCUGAUGAUGCUCAUAUAGGAAAUAUAUUAAAAUCAAAAUUUAUUGGCUACAAGGAUUUUGAUACAUUAAUGUAUACCUGUGCUGCAGAGUUUGACUUCAUGGAAAAAGAGACUCCAGUAAGAUACACAAAGACACUGCUAUUACCAGUUGUUCUGGUGGUUUUUGGGGUAAUCAUCAAAAGGGCAAUUAAAUAUCUUAUAUGGGUCUUAUCUCAGGCAGGCCAAUAUGAAAGAGAGGAACGUUUUAACCAUGGUGAGCUGGUGUAUCAUGCAUUGCAGCUGGUGGCAUACAGUGUCCUAGCAAUUCUAAUCAUGAGACUAAAACUGUUUUUGACACCACAUCUAUGUGUUAUGGCUUCCUUGGUGUGCUCAAAACAGUUGUUUGGAUGGCUCUUCUGUAAAAUCCAGCCCAAAACAUUGGUCUUUGCCAUUUUAGCAUUGAUGGCAAUAGAGGGAUCAGCAAACCUUCAAGCUCAGUGGAACAUCAUGGGAGAAUUUAGCAAUUUGCCACAGGAGGAACUUUUAGAGUGGAUAAAAGUCAGUACUAGACAAG